AGAGAGAGGAUGGACAGAGGGAGGAAGGGAAGAACACUCAGAAUGAACAUUUUGAUGAUGGAGGAACAAACACCUUCAGCGCUACGCUAACUCUGAUCCUGCUCUUACUGCUCCAUAAGAAGGACCUGUGUGUGUGUGUGUGUGUGAGAGUGUGUGUGUGUGAGUGUGUGUGAGUGAGUGUGUGUGAGAGUGUGUGUGUGAGAGGGAGCGAUGGAUCUAACACAGGAAGGUUCUGGUUCCGGCUGGUGUGGUGGUUGUGAGAAUGAGAAUGGUUCGAAUUACUGGGAAGAUCUGGAUUACUUGACUGGACUGUCCUCAGCCUUCAGCCACUCUGAACUGGUUGCCGUGACGACGCUGUGCGUGCCACUGCUGGUGCUCGGCCUGAUGGGUAAUAUUCUAACCAUCCUGGUGGUGUGGCUCCGCCCCCAGAUGAGAAGCACCACCUACCUUUACCUGAGCAGCAUGGCGGUGUCGGAUAUCAUGAUGCUGGUGCUGAUGCCCCUCGACCUGUACAAGCUGUGGUGGUACCGCCCCUGGUUUCUAGGUGACGCAGUGUGUAAACUCUCGCAGUUUGUGAGCGAGUGCUGCACUUUCUCGUCCAUCCUGCACAUGACUGCGUUGGGGGCGGAGCGUUACGUGGGCGUGUGUUUCCCGCUCAGAGCCCGCCUCCUGGUGACACGGGGCCGUGUCCGUGUGCUGAUUGGUGCACUGUGGGGCGUGGCUGCCCUGAGUGCGGGCCCCGUGCUGGUGCUGGUAGGGGCGGAGCCUGUAGAAGGUAACCUGACGGAGUGCCGUGUCACUCGGUGGGCGGAGUCUUCCGGCCUGAUGGUGGCCAUGUUGUGGCUCUCUAACCUUUAUUUCAUCAUCCCGCUGACAACGCUAACGCUGCUCUACACGCUCAUCGCCCGCCGACUGCGCCAACGCAGACACGUCCACCGAGACCACACCCACCGCCAGACCCUGAGGAUGAUGGUGGUGAUAGUGUGUGUGUUUGUGGUGUGUUGGUUGCCGUUCCAUGUAGCUCGUACGUUGUUCUGUCUGUCUCUGAACUCCAGCGUUCAGGUUUAUUUCCUCUCUCAGUAUCUGAACCUCGUUUCCUUCGUGCUGUUCUACUGCAGCGCCGCCGUCAACCCGCUGCUCUACAACAUCAUGUCCUCCCGUUACCGUGACAACGUCCGCGCCCUGCUCCGCCCCCGCACCCGACCCCUGCCAGCCCCCUCCCCUUCCAGCACACACUUCUGACCACUCUGUGUGUGUGUGUCUGUGUGUGUGUGUGUGAUGUCAUUUAAAUGGAUUCUGGGAAGAAUUUGGUGCUUACCAGGAACCGAACCCCCCAGAGGACACCUCUGUGUGUGUGUGUGUGUGUGUGUGUGUGUGUGUGUGUGUGUGUGU